GUGGUACGGACACAGUAAGAAUGGCUAGUCGGCAGAACUCCAGAAUGGCUUGUUCUCAGAGCGUCGCAAGAUGGCUAGUCCUCAGAGCUCCAGGAUGGCUAGUCCUCAGAGCUCCAGGAUGGCUAGUCCUCAGAGCUCCAGGAUGGCUAGUCCUCAGAGCUCCAGACACAGUAGCUCUGUUUCAUCAUCUCCAAUGAGCAGGAUGCACUCACUCCAGGUGGACUCGGUGCAGCGCUGGAUGGAGGACCUGCGUCACAUGACGGAGGUGGAGUGCAUGUGUGUUCUGCAGGCCAAGGCCAUUGGCGUGGAGGAGGAUGCCCAGGGUGAGCUCAUCGUGGCCACGCGGGACCAUGUGGCCCGCGACAACCUGCAGACGCUGCUGCGGCGGGCGCUGGUGGUCAGCACGGAGCUGGGCAAGAUGUUCCAGCGGCUGGAGAAGGGCCGCUGGCAGCGGGUCCACAGCACCGCCGUCCGGGCAAACUGCCACGUGCGCUCGCUGGUGCACGAGUAUAGCACCGCCCGUAACACCCCCUCAGAGAUGCAGAAGUAUGAGAAGUCUUUGCUUGAGAAGUGCAUGGAGCUGACCACCAUAACAGAGAAAUGCCUUCAUACUGAGGACGAAUUCUUCCUGAARUCCAUGAGGGAGGCCAUUAACGAGAUUCUCACCGAUGUCAGCGAUUCAUUCAGCCACAUGAUUGACAUGGCCCUGGCCAAUGAGAUCCAGAUCCUGAUCAGGCAGAUUGAGUCGUCAGACAGUUACACCAUAGGCAGUGCCAUCAGCAACCUGCUCUCCCUCACCCAGGACGGCCCGCAGCUCUGCAGAAUCAUCGCUAAGGAGGGCGCUGUGGUGGCCYUGUUUAAGAUCUGCCGGCAGGACUGCUUCAGCGACCUCUACGCACACGCCUUGAGGGCGGUGGCCUCCAUAUGUUGCGUGGAGGAGGGCAUCAAUCAGCUGGAGAAGGUGGACGGGAUCCUGUGCUUGGCGGACAUCCUGACCGAUGAGAACAGAGCUGAGUCGGCGAGGGCAGAGGCAGCGGCAGUGGUGGCCCAGAUCACCUCGCCACACCACACCUCCACCCAGCACCUGGGCAGCUUCCUGGAGAGCAUGGAGGACAUUGUCACCGCUCUCAUCAAGUUGUGCGGGAGUGCCUCCUGCGGCGAGGUCUUCCUCCUGGCGUCUGCUGCCCUUGCCAACAUCACAUUCUUCGACAGCAUGGCCUGUGAGAUCCUCCUCCAGCUCAACGCCAUCCACAUCCUCCUCCAGGCAUGCAAAGACCGCCAGAGAGUUGAUACUCCCUACUCUAAAGACCAGGUGGUUACCAUCUUGGCAAACCUCUCUGUUUUGGAGCAGUCUGCACCUGAAGUCCUGCAAGAGAAAGGUGUUGAGAGACUGCUCCAGCUGCUGGGUGAGAAGCCGUCCUCCUCUAGUCCAUCGGAGGGCGCCGCGUGCGAGAGGGUCCAGCAGAAAGCCGCUGUCACACUGGCCCGUCUGAGCAGAGACCCGGACAUAGCCCAAACAGCCAUCCAGCUGCAAGCUGUCCCUCGACUAAUCCAACUGUGUCGCUCACCAGCGGAGCGGAACAACAGUGACUCUGUACUAGUUGCAUGUCUGGCUGCCCUGAGGAGGCUGGCGGCGGGGUGUCCAGACAGCAUCGAGGCCACCGACCACCAGCAGCUGAUCAAGCCCAGACUGGUGGACUCUUUCCUGCUGUGCUCCAACAUGGAAGAGAGCUUUGUAUGAGAAGAGAGCUUUAUAGGACGAUCCAGAGCGGAGGGGUUGGGUGCACAGGCACUGGAGGAGUCUCAGUGACCACUCACUCCAGCCUGAGACUUAAAAGCACACAAGACAAAGGAGGGGUUGCUGAAAUCAGUCCCUAUAUCCCAAAGCACACAUUAAAUGUAUACCCAAAAAUCUGAGCAUAAACRGAAUUGCUGYUAAUAAUUACAGAACUGACAUUCUCGGAGUAUAAAACACCGAAACUCGGGRACAUGUACAUGUUGGCAGCAUUCAUGAAAUGGUACUCAUUGGUUAUAACUCAUCUCAUAGCAACAUUCRUAGUGUACAUGGGACCACCAUGCAUGAAAUAAAAAUAAUCAGUAUUUUGUGUCAGCUGCCAAUUUAAUGGGUUGUUAAAAUAUUAGAAACUACUAUUGUGUUCUGUUACUUAUAGAUAAGAAUGUGUUUAAUGAGUUGUUGGUGGAACAUACAGUAUCUUCAAGGUAUUUGAUUACAUUAUCUCAUUUCCCUCUCUUGUUCAGGUGAGGUAGUAAUAUAGGUCACUGAUUUUAGUGUGCUGUUGUGAGCGGAAGGUGACUCCUAAAGUAGGUUUACUUGGAAACAAAAGUGCUUUGAAAUCUAUAUAUUGUAUCUGUAUUUCUUGCCUUGGAUCUAAAACAUUGUAUUUGCUACAAAGAAACAUACAUUUGUUGUAAACCACAAUCUCUAUUAAAUUACUAUUAUAAUGUAUGGCAUGCAUAUACUGUAAUAAAGGGAAGAAUAUCUUA